GAAAAACUUUGAGAAUCAAUCCACCAACUGUUAAGAUUGUUGACUUAUAUAGACAGAUAUUAUUAUUGUCUAAGUUAAUAAUUAGUGAAAUAACUUUAUACAAUGGACCAACAGGCAUUACAAAAGCUCUUGCUUGAAAUGGAUAAUCAGUUGAAUAAAUCACGAGCUGAAUUGUCCAUGUGUUACGUUCAAUUAGAUAGAGUUAAUACUAAUUUAGAUUUAAUAACGAAUACGAGAAAUUCAUUAAAGAAACAAUGUAAAGAUGAUGAAACAGUAUGGAAGGGAGUUGGUAAGGCAUUUUUAUCAAUAGAUGUUAAGGAUUAUGUGUCGGAGCUUGGAGAUGAUGAGAAGGAAUUCUUAGAUUCUAAGAAGAACUUAAAUAUUAAGAAACAAUAUUUGGAAACUACAUUAGAGAAGACUAUAGAUGGUAUGAAUCAAAUAGUAGGUAGAAAAUAGUUCAACUAGAUUGCAUCCACCACCACUACUACUACUAAUACUAAUACCCCAUUCUGUAUAAUAGCACCUGUAUUAAACUUUAUAUAAUGCAUAUAU